CCACCGGUGUAUGAAUACACAACAACGAGGAAGUUGUACAUACAUUCAACAGUUUUCUGUCGAGCGGGUAAAAAGCGUCAACAUGGCCAGUACAGGUAAAGAGAUAUCCUACAGCGAUCUCAAAUCCCUCCGAGAGAAUAAUAAAGACCUUUUGCUUGUGGACGUGCGUUCCAAAGACGAAGUGGAUAGAGGACGCAUCCCAGGCUCCAUCCAUAUCCCAUUGGAAGAUGUAGAAAAGGAAUUCUCUUUGGAUGCACAAGCAUUUCAAGAGAAAUUUGAUGUCCCCAAGCCCUUGCUGGAUACCCGUGAUCUUGUGUUUCACUGCCAGAUGGGAAGGCGUGGAGGAGUCGCUACAGAUAAAGCCAGAAACCUCGGCUUCAAAAAUGCACAGAACUAUACAGGAGGUUACAAGGAAUGGGCAGAGAAGGAAGGCAAAUGAUGCUGCUGAGGCACCCGGCACAGCUGUCCAAGUUCAUCUGAUAAGAGUAGCACUAGACACAUUUGGGCACAGUUUCUCUCACUGGAUUUCUACUGUAUAAUAUUUAUAUCCAUAUUAUCUAGAUAAUUUAUCUACUGAAAUUUAAUUUGAAUAUAUGCAACUGAAGUGGACUUUUUUCAGGAAUUUGUCAUAAAUAUAAAUGUUACUCCAAUCCAAUUGGUACUUUAACAAUAAAUUUUAGAAAUUAUUUGAACAUUUAAGGGUUAAGAAAGCGGUGUCUUUUUUUUUUUGUAUUUUUUAGAUUCUACUUUUGUAUUUUAUUUCCAUUUCGAUGCUGUGGUUGAAUUGCGCAUGCGCACAAACGUCUAUUCUGUUGUAGAUUGUUACAUGGUGCUGUUAGUGAAGCGGUGGAUUGUUCGUUUAUUUAGUCAAAAAGUUGGACCUCAGAAACAUGGAUAUUUACACUACUUUGUGUUCUUCUUUCAGGUAAUAACCUGCUAAUCAGUCACCAAUCAUUGUUUUAACAAAAAAAACUGUAAAGUGAUGUUUCAACGUCAAUGUAAUACAUGUCAUGUUAUGAAUGUCAGUCAUUUAGCUGUAGCUGUUUGCCUCUAAUAUGUUGUGUAAAGAUUAAAAUAUGAAUUAAA